GCCCCUAUUUGUAGAAAGUAUCCUUCCUUUUUCCUUUAUCGCUUUUUCUCACUCUCUUCCAUUUUCUCAAUCGUUACCCAGCGCCCUCUUUUUCAUCAUUCAUUUCACCUACUGCUUUUCAACACCCAUAAGCCCUAACAAGCCAUAGCAAGCCAUAGCAAGCCAUGUCGCGAUCAGACAUCGUGGAGCAUAAUCAAGUCCGCUACCGGAUUCGGGUCUCGGCUGGCCCCGACCUGCAGACUCUUCGCCCUUUAAACGUCAAUGACGACGCUAAUCCAAUGACGAUUGAUACGGAUGAGUUUGUGGGCCAUGUGGUGUUUCGAAUCAAGGGACUGGAUCAAAUCCACGGCUACAAAGAAGGGCAGCAACAGGACGGACUCGAAGUUAUGAAGGACAGUCCAUGGUUUGACAAGGCGGCCGAGGCAGGACGAGGAGGGAAUUUGCUGUCGUCAAUGACGAUUGUUGGCAGGUUUAAGCGCGAGUGGCCAGGAGAGCAAGUUGUCUUCGCUUGUGUGUUCGAUAGGCCACUGAAUCUACCGCCACUGACAUCUCUCGCCGUUAAAUUCUUCAAAGCCAUGGAUCCAGGACUUCGGAUCGACGUUCAGGCUCCAAAGCCCUACUACAUCAGCCCACUUCUUGCCGCCAUGAACACCGUCAAUGUUUCAAAGGUAUGCGCUGCAGAUAUCACCACGUCGACUACCGCCACAUCGUUGACGACGGGAUCAACAUCUCCAGCUUGGCUCUUGUUCAAUGGCGAAAACCUUGUUGAGGAUACUUCGAUGAUUGUUGCUGUUGAGGAGGAUGUGAGAAAGAGGACAAAGAUCGCCAAGAACGCCGGCGCACGACAAAGUUAUUUCGCCAAGGCGAAGCAUUUGAGCAAACACCGGUUCGAGAAGGACCAUGUGUAUGGGCUUGAGCUGUUUGAUGCGUACAUGGAUUGCUCUCGGUUCACACUCAAGUUACCGGGGCUCAGUCUGGACUUGUACAAGUAUCUGAACGGACAGCCUAUCACGUAUGUGCUCAGAACGCAGGAUGGGUCAACGUCGUUCGUAGCUCUCUCGAUUGAGCUUGUACCUGUGAAUGAUCUCUCAACUUUGUAAAUUGUCAGCAAUGGCAUUAGGGUACAAUAAAAUGACUUUUCUCAUCG